GGGGAGAGCAAUGCGCAAGCGCAGAAGGAGCGGCGGGUCAUCAUGCGCACGCGCAGCUCCCUAGGCUCUUAGUUUCCUCUGCAGCUGACUAACGCGCGGUUUUAACUUCCCGCCCCGCCCCUCUCAGCCCCGCCCCUUGCGUUGCCACGGACACCCAGGGGCUAAAGCCGGCCGGUGGCAGCGCCCUGGGUGUGGUGGUGUCUUGCAAGGUUUGCGUAGGCUAUGUUGAGCGGCACCGAUGUUUCGCAGAAGAGCUUGGACUUGGAGAAGAUGCGGUUGGGGGCCCUGGGCCGCUGCAGGCAGUUUUUUUGGCUGGGUGUCGCCUUCGACGCUGUGGGUGUGGCAGUGCUGUUCACUGGCGUCUUUGCCAACUUGCUGUUCUACGACAUGCUGCUCUAUCUGGGUUCCAUCAUCAUCUUCGUCAGCCUCUUGUGGUGGAUCUCCUGGUACACCGGCAACAUCGAGGCACUCCCGGAAGACCCCUUGAGAAGGACUUCGCCUCGCGUGGGCGAGGUCUCUGUGCACCGCUGCGGCAGCCGUCGCUUCUCGCUGACCCUCAGGAGCGUCUCCAACACCUUCCAGUUGAUCCGCCGGCGGCGGCGGCAGCGACUCCUCCCGAGGGUUCUCCAGAGGGUCAGCAACAUGAGCUCGCCUGACCCGGGCCACAUGGACGCCAGGACUGCAGGUGGCGGAACUUCGUUCUGUCUGGCGAAGCCUGUGUCCGUUCUGAACCAGCUAGAGCUUUGCGCAAUCCAGGCCUCUAAGAGUUUUCCUCUGGUCCCUCUACAUUCUCCUCUCUCCAUUUCUCCUUCUAGGAGCCUGCCUGUCUUUUCGGUGACCUCGCAGUGCCACCCUCUGGCGUCUGAAGCCUCUGAAAGCUAUAACAGGAUGGCUUUGUCCUCUGACUGCCAUGUGCCUCAGGAGCGCUCUAAUAUCAGUUUGACCUCUCGGGUCUACCCUCUAGAACGGACAAAGAAUCAGAGUCACCUCCUGGUGCCCAUGCCCCCUGAUAGUUUCCCCAUGGUACCCAUGAUCUCCAAGAGCCAAAUGCAGGGCUCUCUAUCCCAACAAAGCCAUCUCCAGAGUCUUCCCCGUGUCUCUCAAAAGCAGCCUGAAACUGCUAAAGCUUCUGAGAGCCAUACUUUGGCCACAGGGGUUCCUGUGGUGUCACCUGGGUUUGCCCAGGCUCUGCACCCGGAGGCGUCUUUAGCACAAACUUCUCGUGUCCAGAAAGUUCCUAAGAACUUAAGUGCUGAAGUUUUUGGUACUCUCCCGGCACCCAGCCAGAAACUAUCUCGGGAGCAGCCUUACCCUUCAUCCCCUGUCUCUGAGGCCACACAUCCAAAACACUCAGUGUGAUUCUUCUGGUAACCCUCCAGCCUUGGGAGAAGUGAGGAAAAGUUACUCUUUCUAAUAGGAAUCAGACCCCAGCAAUUUGAAUGUCUACUAAGGCUUUUGCCAAGUAAGUGCCUUGAGGAAAAAUUGCCAACCAUUACCCUUCUUAUUGUCAGUGCUCUAGUGGCUUUCUCAAUUCCUGUAGCGGGAACAAAGUGGCUUUGGACUUUAGGAAUUAGCCAUUUGAUGGUUGGUGGGCUUUUGAAAAUGGCUUUCUGAGUAGAUGAAGCCCAAGGCUUUGACUACUUUACUGGGUGAUGAAAUCUGUUCCGUUUGUUUAAGGUUAGCAGGGGAGCCAGAGGAAUGUUUUUCUUUUAGGAAGUUAUAAGGUCUGGAGGUAGGUGAGGGAUGUGGAUUCUGCAGGGGUUCUCCUGGAAGAAGGCAGCUUCAGUUUGUACAGGAACAUAACACCAAGUGACAUUGAAUCUGAGUGAGGAAACUAUUCCUUUUCAGUAUGUUUGACUUUUGUCAGAGAGGCUAGCUUCUAUUGGAGACAAUGCUCUUUAAUGCCCCUCUAAAGUUUCAGUAGGCAAAAACUAUAGCCAGCGAGACUGUAAUAAUCUUCAUAUUCAUACACUUUUCAGUGAGUUACUUCUACGUAAUGCCCAGUGAUACUAAUUUCCUGUUUACAACAGUGAUAGUUGCUGUUUAAAUACAUCUAAAUAAAACAUUUUGCACAAUGUAAAAGUAAGCUUUGACUGCAUAAGAAAAGUUGAGUGGUUCUAAAAUGAAAAAUUUUGGACGUAAGCUAUCUAAUUUGCUUUCUCCCUUCCUCUUUUUCUCUCUCCUCCCCUCUCUUCUUUUUCUCUUUCUUGGUUUGCAUUUUGUGGUUGCUGUUUUUUUGUUUUGUUUUGUUUGUUUGUUUGUUUUUUGGACAAGGUCUUCCUAUGUAGCCUUGGCAUGCCUGGAAUUCCCUAUGUAGACCAGGUUGGCCUUGAACUCAGAGAUCUGCCUGCCUUUGCCUCCCAAAUUAUGGCCCUUUCUCUUAAUUGUCUUAACAAGGCCUCUUGUAAACCAGGCUGUUCUCAGACUUGCUGCAUAGCUUAAGAUGAUCUUGAAAUUCCGAUCCUCUUGCUUCUACUUCCAGAGUGCUAGGAUUACAAGUAUGCACUGCCACUCUUAGCUGAGAUUUCUUUUUCAUUGCUUUUUUUUUUCUUGGGUGGGCGUUAGAUAUCUGGUGCCCUUGACCGGAAAAGGGCACAUGAUCCCCUGGAAAUGGAGUUACAGUUGUGAGCCGCCAUUUAAAUGCUGGGAAUUAUACCCAGGUCCUCUGGAGGAGCAGUGCUCUUAACUGGUGAUCCAUUUCUUCAGUCCCAUAUUUGUUGCUCUUAUUCCAAUAAUGGAAAUAACUGAAUAGUAGGUGGCAGUUAUUAUUUUCUUACAACUGUCUUCAAUAGCCCUUUUAAAAAAAUGUAUGAUCUCACUAGAGAUAAACACACAUAGGUAUAUUCUGUAAAUCUUUUUUUUUUUUUUUUUUUUUUUAGCUUUGGCUGUCCUGGAACUCACUGUAUAGACCAAAUUGGCCUGGAACUUAUUGUGUAGACCAUACUGGGCUUGAACUCACAACAGACAGAUAUUUUAUAAAUCUUUUACACAGUUUGAACAACUGAAUUCUAUAAAAUAUAUCCAAUGACUUGUGUUUCUUUCUAUUAAAAGAGAGAAAAGUUGCACAUAAGAACACAUGCCUGUAGUCCUAGCAUUUGGGAUGCAGAGGAAGGGUGGUUGUUGAAAGUUAUAGGUUAACCAGGGCAUUUGAGAGACACAGGGAGGCAAUCUCUAUGUGUUUGAGUUCAGCCUAUUCUACAUAUCACAUUCCACAACAACCAGGGCUACCAUGUCUCAAAAAAAAUAUAUAUAUGUAUAUAUAUAUAUAUAUGGAAAGAAAGAAAGAGAUACAGAAGGGCUUGGACAUAGUAGCUAAGCCAGCAGAAAGCCCUGGCUUUGUAUAAACCAGUCAGGGUCUUGCAUACCUGUAAUUUCAGCAACAGGAGGUAAUGACACAAGGAUCAGAAUUCAAAGGUUAUCCUCAGCUACAUAGUGAGUUUGAGGAUAGCCUGGGCUACAUGAGACCCUAUCUCUAAAAAACAAGCAACAAUAAAAUUAAGUGGCUGGCAUGAUGAGUCAGUGAAUAGAAAGAAAUGCUUUCUGCCAAGCUUGAUGACCUAACUCAGUCCCCUAAACUCAGAUGGUAGGAGAGAACUGGCUCCCACAGGUGGCAGUCCUCUUACCUUUACUCUUAUAUUUUGUCUUUCUCCACAUAAAUAAAAACAUGCAAUAAAUUUUUUAAAAAUUAAGGUUCACUUUAUUAGGGGGUUAUAUUUUAAAAUGGUACCAAGUGGGAGGUCCACAAAAUAUAUUAAAAAUUUUUUGUUUUGGUUUUUGAGACAGGGUUCUCUGUGUAGCCUUGGCUGUCUUGGACUCUAUUUGUAGACUGGCUGGCCUCGAACUAGAGAUCUGCCUGCCUUGCAGGGUACUGGGAUUACAGGCUUGCAACACCACAACCAGGCUAAAUAUAAAAUUUUUUUUAAAGGAAAAGGAGUAAUUAUAGUUGAUGGCAGCUGGGAGUGGUGGUAUCGGCAUGUCUGCGUGAGGUUGUGCACAGGAGUGCAGGUGCCAGCAGAUGUCAGAGGCACCAAACCCCAGAGCUGGAGUUAACAGACAGUUGUGAGUUAUCUGAUACAGGUCCUCUGGAAGUGCUGCAGUGAUCUUAAGCACUACCCUAUGUCUCUGGGACUUUUUUAUUUUUUAUUCAUUUUAUUUUUUAGUCAGACUGUCAUGUAGCUCAGGUUGGCCUCAAAUUCUGUAUUUGGCCAAGGAUGACCUUGCACUUCUGAUCCUUCAGCCUCUACCCCCAUGAGUGGUGGGGUUACAGGUGUCACUAAACCAGGUUUGUGUAGUGCUGGGGAUAGACUCCAGGGCUUUCUGCAUACUAGGUGAGCAGUCUACUAACUGAGAUUCCUCCCCCAGAACACCAUAUCCAGCUUCUUAGGAGAACUUUUACUCAGGUGGAGUUGUGUUUGUAGUUUGCAGUUCUACCUGUGGCCGGCUGUAAAGUAAUGUCAAUAGGCAAAUAAUUGAGAUGAAUUGCUAAGGUUCUCUUUAAAUUAUAAGACAAAAGUAGACCUCUUAAUUGUUAAACAACAGUUCCUAAUUAAAAUAUAGACUCCACCUUGCAAAAUACUUCCAGGUAUUUGAUUUCUUGUCCAGAACCUUUUUAGUAUUGUUACAGAGAUGAAAUGUGGAAUUACUGUUAUAUUAUCUCAUUUAUGCAUGUUGCAGGCAAAAUAAGUACUUAUCUAAAUCAGGGGCAUAUGGUAGCUGGGGUUUUCCCCCCAUAAAUGUCAAGGUAGUAGAUACUUUUGCCAAAAGACAAAAAUUGAAGGUGUGAGUUUAGAAGCAGAACUCUAUGAAUUCGGUAAAUUUAUACUGGUUUGUAUAUCUAAUUCCUGGAUAGCCAGGAAUUAGAUGUUAAAAUGUUGUGAGUCAACUUAUGUAAUGAAGGAGAAAACCUUGCCCUCAUUGGUCUGCUUUCCUGGAAUGGGCUCGAUGGCUCCUUUGGCUCCAGUUACAUCACCUGGAGUCAUUUGCCUAACCAAGAACAUGUAGCUUAGAGGGGAGAGGACCUGAUAGGGUGGUUCUACAGCCAACAUUAUCCCUUUACUCUGCUCUAGUGACACUCAGAUGUGGCCCACUAUUCUCUCAGAAUACAAAGCUUUUUCAUUUUGGUUUGCAGGCCCAAGUUGAGGCAAUUUGCUAAUCUUCUGAAUGAAGAAUCCACCUUUCAGGACCUGGUAUUUGAUAACAAUAGAGUCCUCAUUGUAUGGCAAUGCCUGCAUCACUGGGAAGGCCACUAGUCAGAGAGAGGCCCUAAGAGUGCUUGGGUGGGAACUGAUUCCCUAGCUUGGGGUUUGAGGCUCCCCUUGAGGCUCUGUCUUAGGGUAAGGAGGGGUGCCCACCAAUACCUAGUGUAGAGAGAGCAGAGAUGCACAGGAUAGCUUGUGUGGCACAGACUGUUUGACCCCCACUGGCAGCAGUAUGAGCCUUCACUCUAAUCUUCAUCACUGAAACUUUAAAUUGUGUCAUAGAGGCUCUCCACUGUAAUCCGUCUGAGCAUUUGGAAGGCUGAGAUGAGAGAAAUGAGAACUGAGAGUUGGAGACUAUCUUGGGCUACAAAGAAAAACUGUUCAAAAAAGCAAAAAUAAAAUUUCAAAUUGCUUUUUUUUAAUAAGCUUUUCUUUUUCUCUUUCUUUCUUUCUUUCUUUCUUUCUGUCUUUCUCUCUCUCUCUCUCUCUCUCUCUCUCUCUCUCUUUCUUUCUUUCUUUUUUUUAUAUUUUCGGAGUGGCCUGAACUUUCUACAAAGCCCAGGCUGGCCUAGACUUUGCAGCAUCCCUCCUGCACAUGCUUCCUGAGUGCUGGAGUUAUAGGUACAUGUUACAAUGCUUUGCUUUUAGGACCUUUUAAAAAGAUAGUCUUGGUUAGGCAAGAUGGUUCAGUGGCAGGAGCACUUGGCACCAACCCUGAUGAUCUGAGUUCUCAAGUAGAGAGAACCAACUCCUGAAGGUUGUCCUCUGACCACCAUACAUACACCCUGGCAUUUGCAUUCCAAAUAAAUAAGUAAGUAAGUAAGUAAAUAAAUAAAUGUUUAAUAUAUAGAUGAGUGAAUAACUCAACAAAUUCUCAGGUGACUUAUUUUUAAAGAUUUGUUUAUUUAUAUCAUGUUCUGUCUGCAUAUGCCUGCACAACAGAAGAGGGCACCAGAUCUCAUUAUAGAUGGUUGUGAGCCACCAUGUGAUCGCUGGGAAUGGAACUCAGGACCUCUGGCAGAGCAGCCAGUGCUCUUAACCUCUGAGCCAUCUCUCCAGCCCCUCAGGUGACUUCUUGUUUUCCUUAUCUAGUAGACCAUGAGAAUCUUAUUAAUCUAUGUUUUAUUUAUCUUAUAGCCUCAGUUUGUAUCAUCUUUGAAUAAGCACACAUAAAUUUAUUAAUAACAAUAGCUAUUACAUGUUCAUCAUAUACUAAAAGUGACUCAGGCAUUCAUCACAGAGUUGGAUGCUUUUGUUAUCUCCACUUAAAGGAUGGGUUUGACAUUGAGAAAUUAAGUAAAAUUUUCAAACUCAUACAUGUAGAGGAACUGAAAUUGAUGCAUAAUAUGCUAUAUAGGAUAUAUGACAAACUUUCCUUUCAAAUAAAAUUAGUUAGGCAUGGUGGUUCAUACCCAUAAUCUCAGCACUUCGGAGAGGGAGGUAGGAGAAUCAGAAGGUCAAGGUAAUUUUGAACCACAUAGGGAGUGUGAAGCUAGCCAGAGCUGCAUGAGACCCUGCCAAUAUUAUUAAGGAGCCUCCUUCACUCCCCAAAACAGGUUUUCCCUGUGUAGUCUUGGCUAUCCUGGACUCACUAUGUAGACCAGGCUGGCCUCCCACUCACAGCAGUCCACCUGCUUCUGCCUCCCAGAGUGGGAUUAUAGGCUGGCUGGCACUACCUUUUGAUAUGCCUUCUUCAUAAGCAUCUUAAAAGUUAUAAUAAUGCAGGUCAGUUAAUGGAUUACUUCUCUAUGUAAACCUUUGGUAGCAGCUAGAAAAUGAAGUCAUGAACUACAUUUUCAGUCAAAACUGAUUUUUAAAAUUUAGUUUAUACUAAGUGCCUGUUUUCUUAUUAGGUACAUAAAGAUGAUUCAGUCAUUUCAUCCUCCCGUUUUUUACUUUGUACAGUAAGUGCAUUAGGGAGUAAACACUGUGAGGGUGUAGGAUAUGAGAAAUGUGAGGGGAUGAAUAGUCCACAAUUAGAUAAUCACUCUCUGAAGUCAUAAACCAUUGGUUGCAGUUUUAAAAAUAAAUAAAAACUAGGAAAUUUGCUGUGAUGAUGCAUUUCUGUAGUCCCAGCACUUGGAGGCAGUAGGAUCAAAAGUUCAAGGUCAUACUUAGGUCAGAGGUCAAGAUAGCUAGCCUGGGCCAUUUGAGAUCCUAUUUUAAAAAGCCAAACAAACAAACAAACAAACAAUCUCAGUGGUUAAAAGCCCCUUAUUGCCAAGCAUGAUAGCCUUAGUCUUAUCCCUGUGCCUCACAUGGUGGAAAGAGAGAACCAACUCUUGAAAGUUGUCUUCUGGUCUCAUAUUCAUCUCUCUCUCUCUCACUCUCUCUCUCUCUCUCUCUCUCUCUCUCUCACACACACACACACACACAGAGAAUUGGAGCUGGAAAGAUGGCUGCUCUUGCAGAGGAUCUGGGUUUGAUUCCCUAAACCCACAUGGGAACUUACAAUGUCCAUAACUUUGGUCCCAGUGGAUCAGACUCCCUCUUUUGGCCUCCAAGAAUAUCAGGCAUACAUGUGGUACAAAAACAUAUAUGUGGGCAAAACACCAAUAGACAUGAAAUAUCAUAAAAAUGUCUUUUGUUAUUUUGUCUUUUUUUUUUUUUUUUCCCAGAGCUGAGGACCGAACCCAGGGCCUUGCGCUUGCUAGGCAAGCGCUCUACCACUGAGCUAAAUCCCCAACCCCAUAAAAAUGUCUUAAAUGUAAUUUGUAUUAUUGUAUUUAUAUUUAUUUAUUUUUGAGAAAGGGUCUCUCCUUAGUCCUGGCUGUCCUGGAAUUUGCUAUGUAGACCAGGCAGGCCUCAAACUCACAGAUCCUUUUACUCCUGAGUGCCAGGAUUAAAGGCAUGCCACCAACCUAGGCUUAAAUGUAUUUUUUUUAAAGAGUUAUUUAUUAUGUAUACAAUGUUCUGCCUGCAUGUACACCUGAACACUAGAAGAGGACACCAAUUUUCAUUAUAGAUGGUUGUGAGCCACCAUGUGGUUGCUGGGAAUUGAACUCAGGACCUCUGGAAGAGCAAACAGUGCUCUUAACCCCUGAGCCAUCUCUCCAGCCCUUAAAUGUAAUUUUUAAAAAGUCACAAGCAGCCAGGUGUGGUAGCUCAUAACUCUUAAUUCCAGCCCUAGGGAGGCACAGGCAGGAGACUCAUAGAAAGGUCCAGCACAGCCAGAGCUAAUGACCUGUUAAAACACAACAGAAUAAACUGCCCAUAAAACCCAGGAAACAAGCUGUAUUCUCAGUGAUAAGGACUCAGAAUAUGGAAAUGAAAGAAACAAACAAAUUAUGAUUUAUUUUCCUCUACAGAGCAUCUUCUGUGAUUGGAAUCUCUCCCAAAGUCAUUUGCUGAAAGUCAGUUGCCAACAUAAAGCAACAGGAAAGCUAUUUACUUUGGGGGAUGGUUUUGAGACAGGGUCUCACUGUGUAUCCUAACUGUCCUGGAACUCUGUAAAGCUCAAACUCAGAGUCUGCCCCUGCCUCCCGAGGGAUUAAAGGUGUGCACCAUCAUGCGAGAUUGGAAGCUGUUUUCUAAAGUGACAGGACUAAGAAAAGAUGCUUGUGGAACUUCUGAGUCGGGUUUCAGAGCCUUGCAUGAUGGUUAAGGAGUUAAGGAGUUAGUUUUUUUGCCUUUUGUCUCUUCAAUUUGUUCACAUCCCUCUCUGGGAAUAGGGAUUGAGCCCAGGUAGGAGUACUAUCACUAAGCUACACCACCCAGCCCACCUCUUUUCUCUUUACCAUAUGAGGAUGCAGCAACAAAGGAUAUCUUGGAAACUGCCACUGUGUUCUCAACAAGCAUGAAACUUGUGCCUUGAUCUUGAACGCUUGAUCUCUAAACUUUUAAUGAAUAAAUUUCUAUUGUUUUUAAGGUA